AUGCAGACGGAGAGACCGUGCCGCAGUACACAUGUACUCGCAGGAGGUGUUGAAGUGGCUGUUGAAGGAAGCCGCGCCUUGCGAGGCCUGAAUGAGAUACCGGGUGAGUAUACUUCCUACCUAACGCGCAGUGCGAAAGGAACUGCUUGA